AUGAGUGACGAUGAGCUCGAAGAGCGCAGUACGGGUCAAAUUGCAUCCUCUUCUGCAGGGACUGCCUACUAUGAAGAAGAGUUUAUUGAUGUUGACCGCUCCAUCACUGGAUUGUUGGCUUCUCUGAAUCUGGAGCAGGUUCGCCACCGUCGCACAACUGAUGAAGACGAUGAACUUUUACGGGUCACUCAUCAAAGGAUACAUGCUGUGAUAGCUCGGGAACAAGACUACGUC